UUGAAGAUUUUCCGUCGCGAAAUCAUCUCCCUUUAUAGGGAGUGAAACCAUAUACACGUGGCUACUGUGAUAUUUUACGAAUGAUCGUGUGAUUUAGAAUGGGAUAGCAUCCGAAAUUUUUCCUUUAUUUUCAACAUUACUAAGAGUGAGUUGGUGAAGAAAAACAGAAGAUGAUAGAUCCUUCUUCAUCUGAAGAGGAUAGUGAAGAGGAGCACGGAGCCGGUCACCAUGCUGGACAUCAUCCUCCAACACAUCAUCACCACCGUUCAUCCUCCCAUACCCAAGUCGCUGAAUCGUCACCAUAUCACCAACAGCAUGGUUCUGAUUUGGGAAGUGGUACGCUGGAGGUACCUGCUCCAAAUGCCUCGGUGGCUCAACGUUCAUUAUCACCAUCCAGUGCCGUAUCAGCUGAAACGAUCAGCUAUAGUUUGGGGUCUUCCAGGGCAAAUUCCUUACCGCGCCCCACGAGUCCAUCGCCUUCUCUUGCCUCAGAGAAAACCGAGGUAGAUAUACAAGAAAAACAAGAACGGGAAGAAGAAGACCGGAAGAGAAGAAUACAACUCUAUGUUUUUAUAUCAAGAUGUAUAGCUUAUCCUUUUAAUGCAAAGCAGCCUACUGAUAUGACUAGGCGACAAACAAAAAUAACCAAGCAGCAGUUAGAAAGUAUCAUCAAUCGAUUUCAAAGUUUUUUGAAGGGAGAAACACAAAUAAUGGCAGAUGAAGCUUUUCAAAACGCUGUACAGAAUUAUCACGAUGUGUUCUUGAAAUCCGAAAGGGUUGUAAAAAUGGUACAAUCUGGUGCCUGUUCACAAUAUGACUUCAGAGAAGUUUUUAGGAAUAACAUAGAAAAACGAGUUAGAUCAUUGCCUGAAAUGGAAGGUUUAAGUAAAGAAACGGUUUUUACCUCAUGGAUGGCUAAAUUUGACUGCAUAUUAAAAGUUAUGGAUGACGAAUCUAAAAGACCAUCGAGGAUGCAGCAAAAUUUAAAUUCUGAAUUAAUAUUGUCAAAGGAGCAGUUAUAUGAUAUGUUUCAGCAAAUAUUGGGUGUUAAAAAAUUCGAACACCAGUUGCUAUUUAACGCUUUGCUUCUCGAUUCAGCUGAUGAGCAAGCGGCAGCUAUUAGAAGAGAAUUGGACGGCAGAAUGCAGAAAGUAUCAGAAAUGGAAAAGAACCGGAAGUUAAUGCCAAAGUUCGUGCUAAAGGAAAUGGAGUCUCUGUAUAUAGAAGAACUUAAGUCAUCUAUAAACUUGCUGAUGGCGAAUUUGGAGUCACUACCAGUGUCGAAAGGAUCGAUGGAUUCCAAAUAUGGCUUACAAAAACUUAAACGCUAUAAUCACAGGUUGCAUAACCAUAAUAAUCCGUAUAAUGUGAAGCAUAUUUUGAUGAAUUAUGUUACUUCUUUUAGAUCGCAAGGAUCUUUAGCAAAGCUCGAAGGGGAUUCCGCAGAUAGUGAUACACAGCUAACAAAACUAGAUGUAGUGCUGACCUUUCAAUUAGAGGUAAUAGUAAUGGAAGUGAGAGGGUUAAAGUCUUUAGCAACAAAUCGUAUAGUAUACUGCACCAUGGAAGUGGAAAACGGCGAAAAAUUGCAAACCGACCAAGCGGAAGCAUCUAAACCCAUGUGGGAUACCCAAGGAGACUUUUGUACCACUCACCCUCUACCCAUAGUUAAAGUAAAAUUAUAUACUGAAAACCCUGGUAUGUUAGCACUAGAAGACAAAGAGCUGGGAAAAGUUAUACUGAAGCCAACUCCACUUUCAUCAAAGGCACCAGAAUGGCAUAAGAUGUCCGUACCAAAAAACUUACCCGAUCAGGAUUUGAGGAUAAAAAUCGCAUGUAGAAUGGAUAAGCCUCUUAAUAUGAAGCAUUGCGGUUAUUUGUACGCAAUUGGGAAAAAUGUCUGGAAAAAAUGGAAAAAGCGAUAUUAUGUACUAGUACAAGUUUCUCAGUAUACCUUCGCGAUGUGUAGUUAUAAGGAAAAGAAAUCAGAACCUUCUGAGAUGAUGCAACUUGAUGGAUAUACUGUUGAUUACAUCGAAGCGUCUAGUGCCAACUUGAUGGUGGGAAUGGGUAAGCACUUGGAAGGAGGUAGAUAUUUCUUUAAUGCCGUCAAGGAAGGCGACAGCAUUAUAUAUGCUAGUGACGAUGAGAACGAAUGUCAUCUUUGGGUCAUGGCGAUGUACCGAGCAACUGGACAAUCUCACAAGCCCACACCUCCGCUUACUCUACAAGAUAAGAAUUCUACCAUUUCGAAGAUUCAGGGAGAUGCUGACAGAGCAAGGAAGCAUGGAAUGGAGGAUUUUAUAUCUGCCGAUCCCUGUCAGUUUGAUCACGCUUCUCUGUUUAAACUUUUCCAAAAUCUUACGUUGGAAUAUCGGUUAAAUGAUCCAUACUGUUCAUUGGGUUGGUUUAGUCCUGGUCAAGUGUUUGUGCUAGACGAAUACUGUGCCAGAUACGGGGUUCGAGGUUGCUAUAGACAUUUAUGUUAUUUGUCAGACCUUUUAGAUAGAGCAGAGAAGAAUUUAAUGAUCGAUCCGACGUUGAUCCAUUAUAGUUUUGCCUUUUGCGCCAGCCAUGUCCAUGGAAACAGUAAUAACUUUAGACCGGAUGGAGUUGGGAGUGUCACGCAUGAAGAGAAGGAGAAGUUUCAAGAAGUUAAGGAUCGAUUACGUGUUCUACUAGAAAAUCAAAUUACGAAUUUUAGGUUUUGUUUUCCUUUCGGGCGCCCUGAAGGCGCAUUGAAGGCCACCCUUUCGUUAUUAGAAAGGGUUCUCAUGAAAGAUAUUGUCACACCAGUGCCUCCAGAAGAAGUUCGCAGUAUGAUUAAAAAAUGUCUAGAAACUGCGGCCUUAGUUAAUUAUACUAGGUUAUCAUCCGAAGCUAAAAUUGAAGAAGAUUUACGUGGGGAUACUAUGGUAUCCCCAAAUAAGAAACUCGACGAUUUAAUUCACUUGGCAGAACUUUGUGUGGAUUUACUGCAACAAAACGAGGAGCAUUAUGCAGAGCAACUGCGCAAGGCAGACCGGCAACCGACAAGUCAAGCAGCCUCAGCGGGCGCAAAUACAAAUGCUCAGCCAGCUGCGCCCGCUCCAGGCACCCCUGGUGGCCGUGAAGCCAAGCACCCUUCUGUGUCUCGCUAUUGCAUGCCUCAGCAUGCAACUUACACCCCACCAGAUCCUACGGCCUUUGCGUGGUUUAGCGACUUAUUGGUUGAACACGCUGAAAUAUUUUGGUCCUUGUUUGCCGUGGAUAUGGAUAGAGUUCUCGCCGAGCAACCUGCGGAUACCUGGGAUUCAUUUCCACUUUUUCAGGUCUUAAAUGAUUAUCUUAGAGCUGACGAUAAUUUGAAAAACGGAAGAUUUCAUCAACACUUACGAGACACCUUCGCACCACUAGUAGUUAGAUAUGUGGAUCUUAUGGAGUCUUCGAUUGCGCAGUCUAUCCAUAAGGGAUUUGAAAAAGAAAGAUGGGAGAUAAAAGGUAUGGGAUGUGCAACAUCUGAGGAUUUGUUUUGGAAGCUAGACGCUCUUCAGUCUUUUAUAAGAGAUCUACAUUGGCCAGAUGCAGAGUUUCGCCAACACCUAGAACAACGCCUAAAACUCAUGGCCUGUGAUAUGAUGGAAUCCUGCAUACAAAGAACUGAAUCAGCGUUUCAACAGUGGUUAAAAAAGUCAGUUACCUUCAUUUCCACAGAUUACAUUAUACCCUCUGAGAUGUGUGCGAUGGUCAACGUAAUAUUAGAUGCAAAGAAUCAAUCUCUGAAACUUUGUGCGGUUGAUGGCAUUGAUUUGCACCAGUAUCAUACAAAAAUCGAUGACAUGAUUGAAAAAACCAAUGCUAAUAUAGUGCAGGGUCUAACAGGCAAAUUGAUGUCAGUGUUAGAAGCAACACUAUCAAAAUUAUCUCGAUAUGAUGAGGGUAGUCUUAUUGGAUCCAUCUUAAGCUUUACCAAUGUAUCUGGGUCUGGAAAGGACAUGGGACAAGGAUAUGUCAACUUUACAAGAAAUUGUAUGGACCAGAUCCGUCAGAAAAUCACUGACGAACUGUGGAUUCUAACUUUUUUUGAACAGUGGUAUACAAGUCAGAUAAAUAUGCUCUGUAACUGGCUUUCUGAGAGAUUGGAUCAUACUUUGCAUCCCUACCAAUGUACGUGCCUUGCUCAUAUAAUAAAGAAAAUUUAUACUGAUUUUGAACUUCAAGGCGUUAUGGAAGAUAAGUUAAAUUCUAAGGCGUAUCAGACAAUAGCUCAAAGAAUGACAACGGAAGAAGCCACGUGUGCGCUAACCAUGGGACAAGCCGAAAGUGGCAUUGAAGGUCUGGACGAAGAUGCUGACACCAGGAGCAAAACGAAAGUGACAAUAAUGGAAAGUUUAAGUGGUGAAGAGGGAAACUUCGUUUCCAACGUAGGAGCAGUAAUAGGAGGAAAAGUAGGAACAAUUUUUGGAAAGGGCUUAGGAGGAAUCGGUUCAAAACUUGGAGGAGGUACAGGCAGUUGGUUUUAAGAGUCAAGUUAGCAUAUGGCAUAGCUUUUAUUUUGUUAUAUUUUGUACGAAGCAUAUUUGACCAGAAUGCGGUCAGUUUCUGUAAAAAUUAUACUUAACUGAAAUUGUGUAUAUACUAUUUUUUAAUUCAUAAUUAUAAAUAAAAUAAGUGUUAGUUCACAUGUAAUACAGCUAUUACCUAAUCAUUUUAAAACACUUGAAUGGAAUCACUUCGAAAAAUAAAUUAAGCCCAAAAAAUAGCUUAAGGGACCAGAGAUCUUGUUUCAAAUAGAUUUUUAAUUUAAGCCUGGUUUGCUAAAUUGACUUCCAGGUAGGUUUUGUAUAUAUUGACAAUGUUAUAUAAUAUACUAUUUUUACUACAAAACAAGCAUGCGUCAUUCAACAUUGCUGACGUCAGAGCAUUGCCAAAACAUUAGAAUAUAACUUUUAAUCAUGGCGAUAUCUCUUGUACAGUGAGAAGCUAGGCAUCAUUACUUGUCAGAGAUAUUUUUCUUUCUUUUUGGUUACUGUACAAAUAAUAUCUAUAAUUCUUUAUUCUAAAAUUAAUGAUGUCAAUUGCUUUUCAUUACUUGCCGAAAUAUAUUAAUAAUUAACAACAAUAUUAUAGUAUAUAAUCAAUAAAGAAGAUCAUUUAAUAUUUUAAGCCUAAAAAUUUCAUAUUUAAUCUAAUAAUGGACAAAAUAAUAGAACAUCUUCCCCACAGAACAGCUGGAUUUAGAUUGGUAAUACAUUCUUUAUAGUCGUUUGCUACGCUGACGAUGCUGUCCUUAUCGCCGAUUCUGAAAAUAUUCUCCAAAGGCUGCUACAUGCUUCUUCUUCUUCUUUGAGUGCCUCUCCUAUCAGAGAUUGGAUAUCAUUAGGGCGAUUCUAAUUUUAUUUACUGCUGUUUUGAACAAUUCGUUAGUGGUACAGCCAAGCCACUCUCUCAAAUUUCUCAUCCAGGACAUUCUUCUACGGCCUGGAUUUCUUCGUCCUUGGAUUUUUCCUUGCAUUAUAUUUUGUAGGAAUGUGUACUUCUGUCCUCUCAUCAGGUGGCCUAAGUAUUCAAGUUUUCUCUUUUUUAUACUCCGUAGAACUUCUGGCUCGUUAUUUAUUCUGCGUAUUACUUCUUCAUUUGUAAUUUUAUCCACCCAACUUAUUCGUAGUAUACGGCGGUAGCACCACAUCUCAAAGCUUUCAAGAUUUUUAAUAUUCCUCUGUUUAAGAGUCCAUGACUCAACACCGUAGAGCAAAGUACUGAAUACAUAGCAUUUUAACAUUCUAGUUCGUAGAUGAAUACUAAUAUCACGAUUACAAAAUAAUUUUUUCAUUUUUAUAAAAGUAGACCUGGCAAUUUCAAUACGUCUUUUUAUCUCGUGAUUUUGGUCACCUGUUUCAUUGAUAAGGGUUCCCAAGUAUUUGUAUUCGUUUACUUUUUCAAGUUGGGUACCGUUUAUUGUGAUACUAGUGUCAUUUAUUGGAUUCUUACUGAAGGUCAUAUAUUUGGCUUUUUUGACGUUCAUCCUUAUGCCGUAGUCAUUACAUAUCUCAUUCAUAGUUUCAACUAAAUGUUGUAGAUCUUCCGCUGUUUUUGCCAUUAUCACAGUAUCGUCAGCAUAUCGAAUGUUAUUGAUAACUUCUCCAUUGACUAUUAUCCCUUCGUUUGCAUAUGAGAGAGCUUCUUGGCAUAUUUGUUCGCUGUAGAUAUUAAAUAAGAGCGGUGACAAUAUACAACCCUGUCGUACUCCUCUACGUAUUUCUAUUUCGUCCGAUGUUUGCUACAUGCAAUUAAUACUAAAACUAAUGAACUAAAUAUGCUCAUCAACACCGAGAAGACUAAGUGCCUAGUAAUUUCCAAAGAACCGAUAAGAUGCAAAUUGGAAAUUUAUUCCAAAACUGGGAAACAGGUGAAUCACUUCAAAUAUCUUGGUGCGGAAAUAACAAGCUAUGGAAAUCUCUCAAAAGAGGUCAGAGAACAAAAAAUGAAAGCAGCUAGAAUAUCGGGAUGCCUGAAAGAAAUCGUAUAAACCUAAUUGCCUUUCGCCUUUCUUUUAUUAGAUGUCGCUGUUGCGUCCAUUUGUUAAUUAAUUUAUUGUAAUUGGCAUACGGGUUGAAAAGGUUUGAUUUCGAUUCAGAGAAUCACUACAAGCUGUCCUGAAGAUACCAAGAGGUUGAAAUGGACCAUAGACAGAUGGUGUGGUUAUAACUGCCUUUACCCAUUUAGAUAUUAUUUGUACGGUAAACAAUAACAAAGAAAAAUAUAUCUGACAACUAAUAAUGCCUAGCUUCUCACUGUACAAGAAACAUGGCCAUGAUGAAAAGUCAUAUUCUAAUGUUUUGGCAAUGCUCUGAUGUCUGAAAUCUUGAAUGACGGAAGCGUGUUUUUGUAGUAAAAAUAGUAUACAGAUAUGAUUAUUCAAGUGUUUUAUUCGAAUUGUAAAUGAAUUUAAAUAUUAUGUCAUUUUAUAGCAUUCUUUUGUUCGUUAACUUUUAAAUUUUAUAGGUUGUCAUAGAUUUUAAGAAAAUUUGUGGUUAAACUAAUUUAAAAAAAAUAUUGCACAAAGAUAGGGGAGCCCUAUCAGUUGUUUAACAUUUGUUUAUAGUUAUUCAAAUUAAAAAUGUUUGUCUUUUGUACUGGAUAUAAAUAACUAUAUAUCAUAUUGUAACUAUUCGAAAAAUUAAACAUAUCGUAUAGAGUUGAAAAAUUAUAAUUUUUGUAAAACUAAAGAAAAUAAAGUUAUAUCACAUCUAGAAUAUUUCAUAACAAAUAUUUAAAAGAGAAGACGUAUUUUGUCUUUUUGUUUUAUGAAAUAUUUAAAUAUAUUUUCAUAGAUUCUUUCAAUGGUCGAAUAUUUUUAUUUGGAUUUCAUUUUGGCUUUCGACAAUGUCUUAGUAGAUAAUGCAAGAUAUAUCGAUAAUGGUAAAAAUAUAAUAUCGGACUGAGCUGUUUGAAAUAGGACUGCCAUUUAUGGAAUAUACGCAUAUUGCUUUUUAAUUCGGCUAAAAAAGCUUCAGAUAAUCUGCAAUCAUUUAAAUUUUUUUUAAUUAACACACCCGUCAUAUUAUCCGCCCCUAUCUUGAAAACGAAGCAUUUGUGGACAUAUGUACGUUUAUAAAGCAAACUGUCAUUAUUUUUUCAUGGAGAAUUACCCCUUAAAGUUUGCCAUACUUAUUUAAAAACACCCUGUAUUGAUGAAAUACGUGGCUAGUUGAAAGUACCUAACUUUUUUAUGGUCCACCAACAUAAGCGAAUGUAUCAAAGCACAGAAUGUUGAGAAAACAUGAGGCUAUAGUUGGGUUUUAUUUUUAUUAUUUUAUAAAUGCUAGGAUAUUCUACAGGGUGAUGUGAAUUUGGAGAAAAACACAGCUUGAUUGAUACACCCGGUAUACAAUGAAAAUUUCGCUGUUUAGCAACAAUUUUAUUACACCCAUAUUGUUAAAGAAUAAAGCUAUAAACAUAUUAAAAAAAUCACUUAAAUCGGACAACAGGUUUAAGAAAUUCGAGACAUCAAAAAUGACCUAUUUUCAGGUGGGCGGUUAAUUUUGCCAGUGAGUGUAAACAUUUUGAAAAUUGGUAAUAAAGAGAUGGGUCUAUAAGAUGUGACUUUAUGUGGCGAUUUGCCUGGUCUUUGAAUCAUAAUAAUUUAUAGUGCUUUCCACAUCUUAGGUACAUCUUCUUCUUCUUAUGCCACUCCUAUCGGAGAUUGGAAAUCAUCAAGGCUACCCUGACUUUGUUUACAGCUGACCUAAAAAGUUCAUUAGUGGUGCAGCCAAACCACUCUCUCAAAUUCCGCAUCCACGACAUUCUUCUACGGCCUGGAUUCCGUUUUCCUUCUAUUUUUCCUUGCAUUAUAUUUUUAAAUAAUGCGUAUUUAUGACCUCUCAUCAGGUGACCCAAAUACUCGAGUUUUCUUCGUUUUAUCGUUAAUAAAAUUUCUAGGUCUCUUCCUAUCCUUCGUAUUACUUCAAGAUUUACAUAUUACUUAGGUACAUAUUUUAACCUAAAUGUAGCAUUAAACAGAUAUGUAAUUUUAAUUAAGGUCUUU